AUGGAUGAUUUGAAAUAUAUAUGUUAUAAUGAAGGUUGUUCCUCAUUACAUAGAACUAGCUUCUUCUCAUCUUUGAAGGAUAUGAACUUUUCUGAUUGUGAAAAUUUUAGGGGAUGGCAAAAGGAAGCAGAUGUCAAUAAUGUAAUCGGUAAUGAAAUGCAUCAUUCAUUGCCUCCAUUUCCUUGCCUUUCAUAUAUAAUAAUUCAAGAUUGUCCAAACUUGAGUUCCAUGCCUACGUUCAGUCUCGUGGAGCGCUUGGUUUUGAAGAAUUGUAGCACGAAGCCAUUGCUAGACAUUGUAAAAGCUAGCAUAAGUGGAUCGUCCGCAACACAAGAUUCAUGUCCUUCUCUUUCUAAGCUCAAGUAUUUAGGGUUUCAAGAUAUGGACGUAGAAGCUUUACCAGAAGGGUGGAUGCGAAAUCUUACCUCUCUCAAGAAUCUUUCUAUUGGUGGCUUAUCAAGUUUAGUGAGUGUGUUUCGUCAUAUGCAACAUCUACCUGCUGAACUUGAACAAGUCACUUUUCAAGGCAUUAAUAACCUUGAUCCAUGGAGCGUUAAUGAGGGUUUUAGCACACUGUGUCAAGCACUUCAAUGCCUUCGUUCUCUCCAAACAAUCAACAUUCUCUUCUCGGAAAAUCCCAGGACUCUAACUGACUGGAUCUGUGAUCUCCGAUCGCUACAAUUUAUCGUCAUUCAUAAUUGUCAAAAUCUGCAAUCAUUACCUGACGGAUUACAACGCCUUGUUAAUUUACAAUCACUGCAAUUGAAUGGAGAUCUACUUUUAUUGCAAAAAUGUGAGAGAGGAAGAGGUUCAGAAUGGCCCAAAAUUUCUCACAUCCCUAGCAUAUGGAUUAAUGGCUAUCAGAUAUGA